AUGCCACAUCCAUCUCGAGGAAGUAAGAUGAAGACUAAUGUGCAUUCGAUCGCCAUGGUCAUAGCUGUGCUAUGUGAACUCUCGUUUAUUGAAGGAUGUUUGGAAAUUGAUGCAUCUUUUAGCACACCAAGAGUGUCAAGUAGCGGGACACAAACAACUCAUUUAAGGUCGGUAAAAUAUAUUUGACAAGGCGUUUUAGCAAACAGAACCUAUACAGGGUUUUUGUGGAUGAAAUUUUGAGCGGCAGCAAGAAUAUAUACAAUUUUCAGACCUAACCAAGAGCAGCUGGGAAAAAUCAUCUGGCAGCAAUCGAGCCUGCGCCAUGCGAUCCCGGCGCAUUGCUCUAAUCAACUAAACUACAGGAUUCAGUUGUCGAGCUCUUUGGCGGCUGUCCUGGUUAGUGGCUAGGGGAACAUCGGUCUUUCGUAGCUACUAAUGAUUAGGUCUGAAAAUUGAAUAUUAAUUUCCGUUCGAAAUUUCCUUCUACGCAAUCCUUUUUAACUGUUAGUUCUAUCGAGCGAGAUGAUCAAACUCUCGAUAUUUAUCCGUCCGUUCAAAUAUAUAUCGCCUUUAUUUAACAGCUGCAGCAAUAAUCUGCAGACUUUUGGUGCGACGCAGUUUUCGGAAUUUUACUGUCUAUAAACGACAGAUCUAGACUAUUUUUUUCGCCAAAAGAAGAUCCAACGGUUACGGCUUUAAUUAGUUAGGUUACGGCCUUAAAUAGUUAGUAAGUUAAACACAUGCUCUGUAACUACCCCAAGGCGCUAGAUUGCUCAAUUGUUUGUGUUCAUUUGUAUGCUUACUUUCAAUUCUAUUUUGAAUAUUUUGCUGUGGUUUCUUUAAUUAAUUAACAAAUAAUUUCUUUGACAUGCAUCCACAAUCGCCCCAGGCGAAAAUUUUGUUUUUACCCAUCGAAUGAAACAGAAAUUUUAUACAGGUCGCCCGUCUAGAGUAACCAAAAAAAGAAAUUCGGCAUCAACUUUUUCAAAAAUGUGGAACAAGCAGCAUUUUCAAAUACUUCAAUAUCAGAUAGCCUGUAUGAUGGCAGGUUGAUAAACUAUGCAGUGUAAUAUUAAGUAAAUCAGGACGUUUCAUCUCCCAUCUCUGCAUUUCAGAUCCACAAUUACAAGCCCACAAACGACUGAUGUAAUCCCUAAACCAACCAAAGUAAGCCAUCAAUUGCAACCAACAUCUCUAAGCUCACAAUUAAGUAUAGUUAUUCCGCAGCCAGCCAACGCAAGUCCAUCACCAACCGACAUUAACACAUCACCAACAGACGCAAGUCUACCAUCAACCGACACAACACCAUCGCUAACCGACACAAGCCGAUCACCAAGCGGCACAAGCACACCAGCAUCGGACGCAAGCUCAUCACCAAUGCAAAAAAGCUCGUCGCCAACGGAUACAAGCACACAACCAACCAACGCAAACCCAUCACCAACCGAGGCAAGCACGCGAGCAACCAAUGCAAGCCCAUCACCAACCGAGGCAAGCAUACGACCAACCAACGCAAGCCCAUCACCAACCGAGGCAAGCACGCGACCAACCAAUGCAAGCCCAACACCAGCCGAGGCAAGCACAGGACCAAUGGACGCAACCACAUCACCAACUGACACAAGCACAUCAGCAACAAACGAAAGUCCACAACCAACAAAUGUAAGCCUACCAUCUACCAACACAAGCCCACGCCCAAGCCCACAGCCAACAAAUGCAAGCACACCACCAACAACCAUAGGAUGUAAAUGCGCAGAACCACCCAAAAAGAAACCAGUAAAAAAGGACGAUUGCUUUCAAGGUACGUACUUUUUACAAUGGCAAUAUACAAUACGUAAUUUCUAUCUGGAGAAUUUGGACCUAAGACUUCACCUUAUAUACUCAUCAUUCCAGAGCUAGCAUGUAGUGAUCUAUCUAAAUGUUAAAAUAGGAAUUGAAAUGGGAAAAAAUGAAAUUUGCUUCAUUUCUACGAUUUUCCGGGAAAGUACCAAAGAAUGCCGUUUACACAGCGAGUUAUUUAUAGAUUUGUGAAUAUAUGUAAAUAAAACAUCUGUUAUUACUUUUUGAAGAUCUUUGGAUGAAGCAAAGUUAAUUUUUACUUCAUUUCCGCUCUAUUCAGAAAACUGGAUGCAAGAUUUUGUCAUGUUCUGCUAUUAGGUUUUGGGCUAAUUUCCAUGAUAUUAUAUACGGAGAAGGGGUGGUGGUGGACGGGGAGGGUGUUUUAUAGGCUAAGAGGUUACACAAGGAUAGUGAAAAGGUGGGAGAGAAAAAGUUUAAGACUAACUGCAUAACAACCAGGUUGGCAAAUCUACAAAAUAAAUUGAAUGCUUAAUACAUAGUAUGUUACCCAUUUCAGUAUGUAUACAUUUCAGUGAAUCGCGGGCAGUUCACGUUCGACGCAGAAGGACAAGAAGGAGGAAGGUUCCACAGCCGAAAGCUUCAUGUACCGCCUGACAAUUCUGGUUUAACCAUAGGACGCGGAUACGACAUGAAAGAAAAAACUAAAAAACAAAUUGAAAGAGACCUCAGAAAAGCGGGGAUAGAUAAAGCAAAAGCAAAACUGCUUUCUUGUGCUGCGGGACUUGAGGGGAAAGCUGCCAAAAAGUUUAUCAAGG